GACAUUUUAAGAAGGGUUUCUUUCACCACACCGCAUCCUCGUGACUGACUUCGAAGUGUCGUACCUCUGCAACAAAAGCCACCAUGCGGAGUCGUGGAAGGUUCCAGUUGAUAUCACAUACGUGCAAUCGACUCUACCAUUCGCAAAAUUUAUACCCAAGUCAAGAGUGGUUUCUUUGGGAAGUCCCCGUAUCGCAUAUAGUCAAGCCAUUGAUCUGCUGCAGGAAUAUAACAGUCGCAGACUCAGUCGUGCGUGCGAUGCACUAGAUGCCUGCAGCGGUAUCAUUCGCUUGAUGGAGUGUAUAGGAAUACAUUGUCCUUGGGGUAUUCCGAUUCGUAAGAAUCAAUAUAAGAGUAAGACGAUGUUUGCAAUGCUUUCGUGGUACCACGAGACUAUGGUUCCAAGACGCACUAAUAUCCCCAGUUGGUCCUUUCUUGGCUGGGAAGGGGCUUUCAAGACUCGUAAGGACGCGGAGUGGACUGGUGACAACGGACACUCUCUCGCCUUUGAAGAUCAACAAAAUCCUCGUCAUCUACUCGAUGAGGGUUUUACAAUGCUUCUGGAUCUCUUUGAAGACAAUAGGUACCUUCACUAUGAGGGUCCGGUUUGCCAGCUGUUCUUAACAAAUGUCACGUCGUCCGAAUCAGAUCUGAGCUUUCGAACAGAUAUCACUUUCGGCUCUCGUACCCAAACGAUCAUGAUUUCCCAACCCGGAACUUACGCGGCGGUUCGAAUUACAAGGCAUAUAAUCGCUUUACUACCCUUGUCCUUGGAUAGUAUAUUGGAUGGUUUGGAAGUAACAUGCGUGCUCAUAUCCUGGCAAUAUGGUCCCCGCGGUUCGCAAUUUUCUUGUAUUGUCCUGAAAGCGUCUGAUGGCUUAUAUGAGAGGAUCGGGAGUUUUGAUUUCGAUAUGAGACGUGAUUUGGACAAAUGCUACGAGGAAUUGCUUACUACUGAGGGGCAAAGGUUACAUACAGUAAACUGGGGAAGAGAUGCUCCAUUUGAUGGUGCACGGGGGCAAUAUUUCAUUCAAGAAGCGCCAACCAGAAGCAUUGUUAUAAGAUAGAAUUUGGUUCCGACUACAGCGUUAAAUUGGCCUGCUGAGCUUCCGCCUUGAGCCUCCGGUGCCGCUCGAUGAUCGGGUUUCCUGGAUCUGCAAUUGUAGCUUCUGGCAGUUCGGAAUGAACCAAUGGACCAAGGUCAUAGAAAAUUGAGCAACUGGAGUAAGAGAUCACCUUCCAUAGAUCUAUCGGUCAUGCCAUCUCGUGCUUUUGAGCUAUGACGACUUGCAGCAGGACUCUUCGUCGAAGAACACUCGGGAGUAGAGUCUUGACACGAGGAGCAGGAUUAGUCUAAACAGAAGCUGUCUCUAAUAAGCACACAUAGAUA